AACGGAGUUGUAGACUUGUAGUAAUAAACUUUACAACACGUUUGAGCACGACCCCUUCAACCUCGGACCCAUUUCAUCUCUCUCAAACACUUGAAACACACUUCACAACAUAAGCAACUAGAUAUCAUAAUAUUACCCAGAUCACAAGACAGACAAGAACAAAGUACACUGUAACAUAUUCCAAAGACUUGUCUUUUUACUCCCCUGUCUUUAUUUUACUACUUUCUUGCACCCCUUUUCUUGGAUUAUAAUUAAUCUUAUUUAAUUAAGAUUCUUAUUUGGUCUUUUAAGUUUUCUCAUUUACAGUUACACAAGCUAUCCUCUUUAUUAUACCCCUUUUAAUGUAAUCUUUGUAAUCUUCUGUAUUCUUUCCUUUUGGUUGAUCCUUCUCAGCUUUUUAUUCUUUUCUUUUUGCAUCGCUUUCUUCAUUCAGAAAAACCCCAUUUAACUUCUGCUUUCUGUGGGGUUUUGUUGGUUUUCAUGAUGAUGAUGAUCAAGUCAUUUAGUUCUGUGUAUGUACUCUCAGAUCCUAAGUGUAGGUCUUUUCUCUGGAAUGCUAUCCUUACUGUUUCUUUGCUUGGCGGUGUUUACUUCAUUGGGAAUGCUUUCCCAGCGUAUGAUUUCAGGGCACCACAGUUAUCCAUAGGAGAGAUAACUGGAACAAAGAAGGACGUGCAAACUAAAGACUGCAAGAACCAAUGUAGGUCUCUUGGAAGUGAAGCAUUACCAAAAGGAAUUGUUGCUAAAACCUCUAAUUUGGAAAUGCGCCCUUUGUGGGGUAAUGUCCAAAAAAAGAGCAAACGUUCAGAGAAUUUAUUGGCUAUUGCAGUGGGAGUAAAGCAAAAGGAAGUUGUCAACCAAAUCGUUCAGAAGUUUCUGGGAAAUGGUUUUGAUGUAAUGCUUUUCCAUUAUGAUGGUUUGGUGGAUGAAUGGAAUGAUCUAAUAUGGAGUUCCUCUGCCAUACAUGUCUCUGCCAUGAAUCAAACAAAAUGGUGGUUUGCCAAGCGUUUCCUACAUCCAGACAUAGUUGUUGAAUAUGACUACAUUUUCCUGUGGGAUGAAGACCUUGGAGUUGAAAAUUUUAACCCUAAAAGUUAUCUAGCUAUUGUUAGAAGUGAAGGACUUGAGAUAUCACAGCCUGCACUUGAUCCUGCUAAAUCAGAGGUGCAUCAUCAAAUCACUGCACGUAGGAGGAGAGUAAAGUUUCACAGGAGAUAUUACAAAUUUAAAGGUGGUGGAAGGUGUGAUGACAACAGCAAAGGUCCCCCUUGUGUAGGUUGGGUGGAAAUGAUGGCUCCUGUGUUCUCGAGAGCAGCCUGGCGUUGUGCAUGGUACAUGGUCCAGAAUGACUUGAUUCAUGCUUGGGGCCUGGAUAUGAAGCUUGGCUAUUGUGCACAGGGUGAUCGGGCAUUAAAUGUUGGUGUGGUAGACUCAGAGUACAUAGUUCAUAUGGGUCUUCCUACACUUGGUGCUUUAAAUGGAAAUCAGUUUAAUGAUACUGAAACGUCUGAUCAUUCGCAAGCAAAGCAUGUGCGGGAUUCAGAACCAUUGGUCAAUCAUCUUCCGUACAAGCUUGAUAAUAGAUCAGCAGUGAGGAGGCAAUCAUACAAUGAAAUGAAGAUAUUUAGGAAACGAUGGGAUGCUGCAGUAAAGGAAGAUCAAUGUUUCAUCGAUCCAUAUCAAGAACAACCUUCCGUGCAGAAAAGCCAUUAGGUUUUCGGCAAACACUGCUUUAUACAAAUAAGUACCAUUUUACAAAUUUUGGAACCGAACCGGAAGUCAUAGCUAGCUCGAAGGGAAAACCAGGCUUGCUGACCAUGACUCAUCAGCAUGUACAGAGAUUAAGAUGCGCAUAUAUACAAAGUGUGACAGAGUAAAAUUUCUGCUGUGUUCAUUAGAUAAGGAAUUUCAUCUUCAAGUAUGUUGGAAAACUGGAGAUAAUUAUUUUGAGUGAGGAUUCUUUUGUGAA